GGCGUGAAGGGGCGGCGAGCGCGCGGGACUCCAGAGGCAGCGGGGUGUGCUUGACCGCCGGCACUGUCUGACGACCCCGGGAUGUGCGCGAAGCUCCGGCUCCUUCCUCCGGCUUCGUGGAGCCUUCGAGAGUCCACAGGCACCCAGUCCUCGCCGAGGCCCUGUGUCCCUGGCGUUUCCCUGGCCCAGAGCGGGGUGACGGGUUCUUGUCGGAGUUGCCCAUUGCCCUCUUUAACAGGUCACUAAAUCUGGAUCAUCAUUUAAAGACUUGAAGUGAUCUUUUGAUGUUUCACUUUGCUCGUAACACAUCAUUAGCCUCCCCAUCUUUUUAAAAUCUGAACUUAAAACACAAGAGAGAGAAGAUAGCGAGAGCAGGAACACAAGCAGGGGGAGUGGGAGAGGGAGAAGCAGGCUCUCCGCGGAGCAGGGAGCCCUAUGCAGGGCUCGAUCCCAGGACCCUAGGAUCAUGACCUGAGCCGAAGGCAGACGCUUAACGACUGAGCCACCCAGGCGCCCUCCCAGUAUCCUUUUAAUAAAUUUGUUUUUUGCAUUUACUGCCAGAAUGUUUUCUUUUCCAUGCACUUAAGAAUCCUAACUGUUACAGGAUCAGAGUUAAAUAAUAAUUGUUCCUCUACCAAUUUAGAAUUAUAUACACAUUCUCCACACCCCCAUACACACACUUAUUCGAUUUCUAGACUUUGUAUUCACCUUUCAGUACUUACGUUACUCUGCUUUUCCAAGUUUAUUGGCAUUAACUCUUUUAAAUGAAAUUUAGAAACACUUUGUGAAGUUCCUAAAAGAAAAUCCCUUUAUGAUUUUAAUUAGAUUAAUAUUAAAUUUAUAGAUUUUAUUUGAGGAGAAUAACACCAUCAAUGUCUUCUUACUCAAUAAAAUGGUCUGGCUCUUGUAUUAGUUACAUUCCAUCAAAGAAGCAGAACUACUUUGCCUGGGAUUUAGACAGGGGUUAAACAUUCUGUAAUUGUGGGGACUGGGAAAGCAGUCUGGACAGACUCCUGCCUCUGAGUCUGUUGUUGAGCCUGAAGGGGUUACAAACCAGCUAGACAGACACAGUCGAGAAGGGAAAGUGGAUGUGGAGGAGAGCAGGGACAGAAUGGAAUCUGCAUUGGCUUCUCACCAACUCCAGUUUUGAUGCUGUGGGUGAUGAUCUACCAGGAGAGGCUAACCCCCUUGACCCGGAUUUGGAUUUGGAGAAGCUGAAGGAGCUGCAGGCCAGUCCGCUUCCCCAUGCCAACAAGAGGGAGAACAAGAAUGCAAGAGAGAGCAUGAGCAGGGGGAGGGACAGAAGGAGAGGGAGAAAGAUUUUCAAGCAGACUCCGCUCUGAACACGCAGCUUGACUCAGGGCUCGAUCCAGCGACCCUGAGUUCAUGACCUGAGCCGAAAUUGAGUCGGACACUUAACCAACUGAGCUACCCCAGUGCCCUUUGGGUUGUUCCAGUUUGGAGCUAAUGUAGAUAAAGCUGCUGUGAACAUUCAUGUACAAGUCUGUGUGUGGGUGUAUGCUUGCAUUUCUCUCAGGGUGACUGGGAAUGUAAACAAGAAUAAGCUAUUUGUUUCCUGAUGGCUUUUAGUAUAUACUGACGGAUUGUCUGGGAUGGCAUCUGAGGCUGAGAAGACCCAUGCUUUACUCCAGUCUUGUAGCACUGAGUCUCUUAUUUCCAGCCUUGGUCUGGGGAUAUUUUGCCUAGUAGCCGAUAGACUUCUUCAGUUUUCAGUAAUUCAGCAAAAUGACUGGCUUCGAGCCCUCUCAGAUAACGCCGUACAUUGUGUGAUUGGCAUGUGGUUGUGGGCAAUUGUCAUUGGAGUCAAGAAGACAACUGACUUUGGCGAAAUCAUUUUAGCUGGAUUUUUAGCCUCUGUUAUUGAUGUAGACCACUUUUUUCUAGCUGGAUCUUUAUCUUUAAAGGCUGCUUUGACUCUUCCACGAAGACCUGUUCUUCACUGCUCUACGGUCAUACCAGUUGUGGUUCUGACCCUGAGGCUUACUAUGCACCUUUUCAAGCUCAAAGACUCAUGGUGCUUUCUUCCCUGGAUGUUAUUUAUAUCGUGGACCUCACAUCAUAUCCGAGAUGGAAUUCGUCACGGCCUGUGGAUAUGCCCAUUUGGAAAAACCUCUCCUUUGCCAUUCUGGCUUUAUGUCAUCAUCACCUCCUCCUUACCUCACAUCUGUUCGUUCGUUAUGUAUUUCACAGGGACCAGGCAAAUGAUGUCUUCAAAACAUGGGAUCCAUAUUGACGUCUGAGGUAACCGUAUGCCAGUCUUAGAGAAGCAGGUGGUUCCGAUAAUGAUAAUUAAGGGUGGCUGACAUUAUCAAGUGAAUUUUUAACAACAUAUUAUAUUUAUUAUUAUAAUUCCUGAAUCCUCUUGCUCAGGAGGCAUGUACACUUUUUUUUUUUAGGGCACCUGGGUGGUUGAGUUAAGCGUCUGCCUUCGGCUCAGGUCGUGAUCCCAGGGUCCUGGGAUUGAGCCCCGCAUCGGGCUCCCUGUUCCACGAGGAGCCUGCUUUUCCCUCUGCUGCUCCCCCUGCUUGUGUUCCUGCUCUCGCUCUCUCUGUCUCUGUCUCUGUCAAAUAAACAAAUAGAAUCUUUAGGGGAAAAAAAAUAUCUGAUACUGAGAAACAAAACAUAUGUUUUUCAAAAUGAAGGAUUUUUAGGAAAUUUGCUUUUUUCUUUGUUCUUUCAGGUUGAUCUGUUAAAAAUGAUUAACCUUUAUUAGAGAAAGAAAAUUUAGUUGCAAUAAAAUUUUACAUUUUCAUAGUUUAAUGUUACUUUGGUAUAAAAGUCAGUGUCCUGAUGGCACUUGCUUUUUUUUCCCAGUACCAUUUGUUGUCUUUAGAUUUUCUUACACAUUUGUGAUUUGUAAUGCUAGUGAUUGUGUGCCUUAUUCUCUGAGAAAUGGUGAAGCAAUGCCUUAUCCGAAGCAUAUUUUUCUUAUCUAUUAAGUUAAACAGAGCUGUGUAAAUUGUUGUAAAGGUUCACGUUCUUUAGUUUUUCUUUUUGUUGUUAACCAGUUGGUUGCAAUCUAAUUAUGUUUUAGAAUCUGUUAGAUUUUACAUCUGUUAUCUUUCAAGAGCAAUGAUUGUGUCAGUUUGGUUGGUAUAAUAAGUAUUAUAUAGUGGGGGUAAAUUUGAAUAAGAGAUUUUUUUAAGUAUAUAAUUUCAGAAAUCCAUGGAAAUAAAACAUAUAUCUUGUAUCACUUUUUCUGACUAAAUUACAAAACUCUACUUUUUUCUUUCUCCAUAUUAAACAAAGGAAUGCCAUUAAAAUAUAGGGCCUUACAUAAGAAUAUCACUCUGGCAUUUUGGGGGCUGUCCUCUAACUUUUUGUAUUAGAAUGGGAAUUCACUUUGACCAUGACUCCUUGCUUAAAUAGUAACUACAGAUUUUAAGUGUGGGUUUAUCCUUGUUCCUUCCUCUACCAUCAGAAAUGCUCCUUGUCCUCUAAAUAGUCUAUAACAGUUGUGGUGGUAACCUCUAGAAAUAUAACAGCCAACUUCCCAUGCCACCAUUUUGUUUUUUUAUCUUAUUGAAAAAGUUUGUGUCAGUAUAACAUUAUAUUGAAAAUAGGAUUAUAUCUUGUUUGCAUGUAUGUGUUUUCUCCAUCCACUAGAUGUCCUCCAUUCAUUUAAUGGAGGCUGGUCCACUGAUCUGACCUUCCAAUCUACUGUGUUCUUGAGGCAUGUUAGUUAUGCUAACUACUCAGAAGAACUUCCGCCAUUGAACUGUUUUCUACUCAUCCUCAAGCCUAGUUUCCUUUAAGUGGUGGGCUAAGUUAAAACUCCCACGUAUCCUCACCUCCUUUCUUCAACUUAGGCAGCCACCAUCACUACCUCCAAUCAGGCAGACACUCCCUGGCUCCUUUUUCUUUUGACAAUUACUUAGUUUUUCCCAUUUUCCCAACUAAAGAGGAGAGGAAAUAGGGGCUAUUCUGGUCCUUGCUCACUAUUGUCAUGGCUAAACCUUUUAUCUACCACAGUUCUCAGUUUCUUUCAUUUGAUAUCCCAAUAUAUUACUCAUUCUCAGUCUUUACCCUCACAGGCUAUCCUCUAAGACUCACUUUCACCUUCUUUGAUGAUAUGAGCACCUGGAUCUCUUUUUUCCUUUUAUUCCAACCCUUGAUUUUAUCCUCAGCCAUCAGAUGACUCACCUGAAUAUUCCCUUCUUCUUUAACCACUGACUCAUCACCACAUCACAUCAGCCAUGCACCAGGACAACAGUCCUCUCUACCUCUUUGGAGGACAAUGCUCAUUGCUGAGAUCUCAAACAUUGUUUACUUUUUCUAGACCAGUGGUUCUCAAACUCUAACAUACAUCAGAAUCACCUGUAAGACUUGUUAGAACAGGGAUUGCUUGAGAUCUACCUCCAGAGUUUUGACUCCGUAGGUCCCAAGAAUUUGCAUUUCUAACGAGUUCUCAGUUGAUGUUGUGAAAGGUGAAAUGAAAUGGGGUCACUUGUGUCAAGGGGUUUUAAAAUGCAGCUGGGAGGCCAUUAAGGAGGUGGGCCUUUUGCAUGUCCUCACUGAUGGAACUAUGAACUUUUGAACUGGGUCAGACUGCAAAUAUUCCAAGGACUCAGCCUGAACACCUGCAACUUGCUAUCGUAAGAGACUUUGCUUAGCGAUAGCCUUAGUAACCAAUUAUAUUGGGUCAAGAGUAGCUUUCUGCUGUCAACACCAAUAAAAAAUUCUUUGUAAACAACCUAUACAAACUUUACUUUUUUGCUUUAAAAACCUGACUUUGCUCUCUAAUGGGACACUAUUUGGGUUACUACCCAAAUUUGUGUACCCCGAAUUGCAAUUCCUUGAUCCCAAGUAAAUGUUCUUUCUUAAUUAUUGCCUCCUGACAAUUUUAGGUUCAGGAACCCCACUUUAAGAACCAUGACUGUAGACCCAACCUGUUUCUUUAACUUCAUUCCCUUCCCUCCUCUUCCUUGAGCCAACUCUUUGUCUUACCGAUACCUUUAAUUUUUCCCAAUCUUCCUUUGCCCCCAGGUCCAUCCAGUCCUGUGCUAGGUACAUUUAACUCUGUUCCUGUCCUACCUAUGCAGUGCUACAGGUUACUGUUUACUGUUUCAGCACUCCAAUGCCCAGCUAUCCUCGUGUACUGUCCAAUUAGCCAAUCCAUAUAAUCCACAUAGUCUGCUUUCCCCAGUUCUGCCUUAGGCCACAUGUUUUGAAAGUUGUUACAAAACCCUGCUGACUCGACCGACUACCUAACUUCAACUGGGGAUUUAAAUAUACUUUGCUUACUACUGAACAAUUUUUUUUCAAGUAUGGUACCAAACAAGACAAGCCCCAGAAUAUCUGACCCUAUUAGAUCCAGCCCCAAGCCAGGAAGCUCACAGCAUUCCACCGAUCUGAGAAAUUCAUAUUGAUACUCAAUCUCCACAGUUACUUUGCACUUUGCAUAAACCCAAGGCAUUGCCCACCUAUGUCCCCUUGGCAUUUCUUUGCUUCCCAGGGAUAAUGAUGCUAAUUUAAGUGUUUCUGAGGCAUUUUACCCUUUGCCUGACCUUGCAAGGAAUUUUUUGGCUUACAUACCCAGCAGCAUUAAGUAAUGUUGCUUCGACAUUUGGCAAGAGGAGGGGAGUGUCAAAUUCAAGCUCUAACACCCGUUCUGAUCCCCCUCAGUACUCUGUGUGAGCUUUCAAAGAAAGUACCCAUCUGAAUUCACACACCCUUUCUCAUUAUUUAUUUUUUAUUAUGAAUAUUUGAGAAUCAUUUCUCAAAUAGUCAUUUGACUUAAUUCAGGCCCCAGCCAGUUCCCAGGUCAGCAACAUUGAUGCCAUGCACGUAACGUGGAAGGCAGAGAACAUUUUCCGAAGAUAUCUGGGUGAUGCUAAAUAAAGUAUAAAUUGUGGGGUAGUGGUUACAUAACAGACCACAUGCAGGUAUAACAUAUCUAAAUGACACAGGUCAUACCUCACUACCCUCAGCUUUUGCACGAAGUCACAGGAAAUGUUUGGAGUUUUUUAGAGUAUUCGUGAGAGACACUGCUAUAAAAACCUCAUUGUGUGCUGUAGAGGCCCUGCUCUUCUUGGAGAACCGUGGUAAAUACUACCCUUCCAACUUCCUGGACUGCCACGCUGUUUGCCCAGAGUCUGUAACAAUUGUCCCUCAGUGCUAGGCCUGGUCUCCUGGCCAGCAGAGACUCUAGUGUUUCUCUAGAUGCUAAACAGAUUGGCACAGGACCACUCUUUGUCAAUCUGGCUUCAUGAAGGGUGGCAUGGAGCCCAGGCCAAUCCUUCUGGAAAGGGCUCUGCCAAUUUCUCAGGGGUGAGACCCAGAGCCAAUCACUCUGCAAGCCCUCUGCUCCCAUUUUCACCUAUCAAUCCAAGGGAGAUGGGAUUAAAAUAAACCUCAGGGGAAUCUUUGAAAGGGUAAAAAUACUACAAGAGUGAGAAGAAGGAAUGGAGAGAGAUGGGAAGCCUGUCUACUUGGCCUGCUUAGGGGUUAUAGGGUGCAUGCCUGUGUGUGUCCCGAAUUACUCUUCUUUUGCUUCUAUAACAAAUUACAUGAAUUUAGUGGUUUAAAACAACAUAAGUGUAUUAUCUUACAGUUCUGCAUGUCAGAAAUCCAAAACAGGUCUCACUGGGUUAAAAUCAAGUCAUCAGCAGGGAGGUAUUCCAUCUGAGUUCCUAGGGAAGAAUCUGUUUCCUUGGCUCCUUCAGUGUCUAGAUGGCCGCCUACAUCCCUUGGCUAGUGGCCCCCUUAUUCCAUCUUCAAAGCUAGCAAUGGUAGGUCAGUUUUCUUCACAUGUCUUUCUGAUCUUUGCACUACCAAACUCUUUCCAUUGUCACCUCUCUCUCAGGCCACAGCUGGGAAGAUUCUCUGAUUCACAGAUGCAUGUGAUUAUCUUGAGCCCAGCUGGAUAAUCCAGGCAAAGUUCCCCAUCUCAAGGUUCUUUAUCACAUUUGCAAAGCCUCUUUUGCCAUGUAGGGUAAUCUAUUCACAGGUCCCAGGGAUUAAGAUGUGGCGAUCUUUGGGGGCCAUUCUUCUGCUUAUCCCUAGAGAUUUUUUUUUUUAAAGAUUUUAUUUAUUUAUUUGAGAGAGAGAGCACAUGAGAGGGGGGAGAGUCAGAGGGAGAAGCAGACUCCCUGCUGAGCAGGGAGCCUGAUGCGGGACUCGAUCCUGGGAUUCGAGGAUCAUGAUCUGAGCCGAAGGCAGUCGCUUAACCAACUGAGCCACCCAGGCGCCCCCCUAGAGAUUUUUAAUUGUUGUUUUGUUGCUGAUGGUUUUGUUUGUUUAAUAUGAGCUGGCAGGACACCUCUCACAUACUUAAGACUGCUCUUUUGAGUCCUGUGCACGGGACCGGAAUCUAACCCUGAUAUCUUUGGACAAGUCACAUGUCCUUUUUUGAGCCAAUGAGGAAUAGGCCAAAUGCCUUCCAAGACUCUCUUCCUGCUCUAACUUUCUAUAAUCCCAGCUUUUGUCCCAAUAAUGGUGGGGCUCCUCGAGUUCUGGGGAGAUAACCUCCAA